AUGAUAUAUUGUGCUUCACCUGGUUCAUUUGCUUUAUUAAAUCGUCUUGUUUGGAUAAUUAAUGAAUGUCAUAAAAAAAAUAUUUUUUGUGCACUUGUUUGUACGAAUAUGUGGUCAGGAAGAAAUCGACAAAUUGUUGUAGAUGAAUUGUGUAGAGUAUUGAAUAAUGUUCAUCCACAAAUCAAAUCAACUAAAGAAGAUGGAAUUAUUUAUUAUGAUAAUGUUGCUCUGGUUACUAUGGUUAAUAGUAUUGAAUAUAUUGAUGAAGAUUUUAAUGUUAAUAAACCACAAUCCGGUAUUGAUGAAUUAAUAUUUGGUAUUGGUAAAUGUCUUCAACGAGAUUUUAUGUUUGCAUGGUUAAGAACUGUUUCACAUAAUGAAUCUUUUUGGAAAAAUAUGUUAUCAAAAUUAAAUAUACUUUUUCAAAUUCCAUCUGACAAAUUUAAUAACUUUUAUCAACAUGCUGGAAAUUUUCUUGGUUAUCUUUUUGGUUUUAAUGAUGAUGAUUAUCGAUAUAUCACAAAUACAAAUACAAAGAAUACAGAUGAAUCUAUAUUUUUUGAUGCAGAAAUGAUUGAAAUGUCUGAAGAUUCACCUAAAUCUAAAUUAAAAUUUAUUAUUAAAUCAGCAGAACUCGGUGCACAACUUAGUGAAGUUUUAGCAAAAUUGGGUGCAGCACGUUUAAAUGUCGUCGAAUCGGAAACAACCAAUGAACAAGAAAUUAUAAUUACUGCUAAAUUUAACAAUACUGAACGUAUCAUGGCAGUACAUGAUCUCUGUCAAAUAAUCAAUCAUGGUCAAGUUAAUUGCACAAUUGUUGAUUAA